AUGGCUGGGGCGCUCCGGCUGCUGUGCCUGUGGCUAGGCUGCUUCUGCGUGAGCCUGGCGCGGGGAGAGGGACUGACGCGCAAUGUCCCGGAGCCGCACAGGGCUGUGCCAGGAGACCGCACGGCAGGUGGUGGCCCCGGCCCCGUGCUGCAGCCACACGACAAGGUGUCGGAGCACAUGCUGCGGCUCUAUGACAGGUACAGCGGCGGCGGCAGGGCCGAGGCGGAACGGGCGCAGCGGUCCUCCGAGCGGGGCUCUCAGCCCCUGCGCCCCCCACCCCUGCGCGAAGGCAACACGGUUCGCAGCUUUCGAGCCGGAGCAUCAGGAACCCUUGGAAGCAAAGGACUACACAUCUUUAACCUGACUUCUCUAACCAAGUCUGAAAACAUUUUAUCUGCCACACUGUAUUUCUAUAUUGGAGAGCUAAUAAACAUCAGCCUGAGUUGUCCGGCAUCCCGAGGAUGCUCACCUCAUGCUCAGAGGAAACACGUUCUGAUUGAUCUCUCUGCGUGGAUCCUCAAAUCUGACAGAAACCAAAGUCAACACCUCGGUCACCUUUCAGUAGACGUAGCCAAAUCUCAUCGAGACCUUGGGUCCUGGCUGUCUAAAGACAUCACUCAGCUCUUGAGAAGGGCCAAGGAAAAUGAAGAGUUCCUCAUAGGAUUUAACAUUACCUCCAAAGGACACCAGCUGCCAAAGAAGAUGUUGCCCUUCCCCGAGCCUUAUAUCUUGGUGUAUGCCAACGAUGCUGCCAUUUCUGAGCCGGAGAGUGUGGUAUCAAGCUUGCAGAGACACCGGAAUUUCCCCAUUGGAGCUGUGCCUAGACCGGACGGCCAUAUCAAGGCUGCCCUUUCUACUGAACGGAGAAGGAAGCGCUCGGCUGGGGUCCUGCUGCCUCUGCAGAACAACGAGCUUCCUGGGGCAGAAUAUCAGUAUAGGGAGGACGGGGUAUGGGAGGAGAGAAAGCCUUACAAGACCCUUCAGACUCAGGCCCCAGAGAAGACUAAAAACAAAAAGAAACAGAGAAAGGGACCCCCCCAGAAGAGCCAGACUCUCCAGUUUGAUGAGCAGACCCUGAAGAAGGCCAGAAGAAAGCAGUGGAUUGAACCGCGCAAUUGUGCCAGGCGGUACCUUAAAGUGGACUUUGCGGAUAUUGGCUGGAGUGAAUGGAUCAUCUCCCCCAAAUCCUUCGAUGCCUAUUAUUGCUCCGGAGCAUGCCAGUUCCCCAUGCCAAAGUCUUUGAAGCCAUCAAACCAUGCUACCAUCCAGAGUAUAGUGAGAGCUGUGGGCGUCGUUCCUGGAAUCCCUGAGCCUUGCUGUGUGCCAGAAAAGAUGUCCUCACUCAGUAUCUUAUUCUUUGAUGAGAAUAAGAACGUGGUACUUAAAGUGUAUCCUAAUAUGACAGUAGAGUCUUGUGCUUGCAGAUAACCUGGCAAAGAACUCAUCUGGGUGCUUAAUUCAAUCAUUACUUUAUUUAAUGGACUCUCCCCCCCACCCUUGUUUUGCACUGCCAAUGCAUUUCAUCCCAAAAGAUUUUUUAUAGUCAAAGAGAAUGAGCAGACAGACUGACGAUUUCCAUCAAGGAGAACUGGACUGUGUUUGUCUCUGAAUGUAACUAAAUGCAGGAUUUUCAUAACUAUGGACAUUUAUUUCUUUUUUUAAAAAAUUCACAAAGGAAAAAUGAUCACUGAAACUCUUUUUCAGAGCUAUUAGAGGACACACUGAUUUAUUUUUGUAAGGAGCUUUGAAAAUAGGUUGGAAAAACACCAAUAGCUUAUCACUUAUCUCUACUCAUAGAGAAUAGAAAUUUUUCAUAUUUUGAAGUAGAUUUAUUGCCAUAGAUUCCUGAGCGACUCAGCAAGUGCUAAAUAACCCAACCAACUUUUAUGUUUAUCUUCAAAUCUGUUAAGACUCUUGUUUACCUGUGUUUUUCCUCCAUGUGUAAUUGUAUGAAUAGGUGAGUGGAGAGUGUGGGCUGAGUGUUAAGAGUAUAUGUAUGUGUGUACAUUGCCAGGUGCCUGUCCCCUCUCUAGGAAGGUUUGCUUAACAUGGUUUUAUAGUUCAAUCUACACAGGAUUCUUUGUGUUUUCCAUUUCAUGUUUUGGCAAGCACCAUUCAAUUAUAAGAACUUUACCAAAAAGGACAGAGUGAUCCAAGAGCAUAUGCAGAGAGUUACCACUUGGCCCAGCCAUUUAAUUUGAAAUACAGUUGUUUUCAUUUCAUUGCCUCCUAGAAAAGGGAACCUGCAGCCCACUUUUCAAAAACCCACAUGUACUUCCUCUUCUUUUUCACAAAUACCUUCAUUUGUUCUUUUAAAUUGAAUUC